AUGAACGGUGAUUUUGAAGGUGCGCCUAGUGGCGAGCAGGGCAAUCCCCAGCCUAUCGCCAUAAUCGGGUAUGCCUGCAGGUUACCGGGGCAAGUUACAUCACCCAGUGAUCUGUGGGAACUGUGCACACGAGCUCGAAGUGGCUGGUCACCCAUUCCCAAAGAGCGUUUCUCAGUCGAAGCAUUCCAACACCCUAACCCGUCCAAGGUGGGUUCCUUCAACCCAAAGGGGGGCUAUUUUCUUGACGAGGAUAUCGCACGCUUUGAUGCUCCUUUCUUCAAUCUUACGGUUCAAGAAGCUACGUCCAUGGACCCCCAACAGCGCUUGCUGCUGGAGUGUGCGUUUGAAGCUUUGGAGAGUGCUGGCAUACCUAAAGAGAAUUUUGCCCGCCAAAAGGUGGGUGUCUUUGCCGGCGGAAAUUUCUCUGAUUACGAACUCAAUAACGUCCGUGAUAUCGAGACGAUUCUCAUGCAUCAAGCCACUGGCUGUGCGGCCUCACUGCAAUCCAACCGUAUCUCAUACUUCUUCGACCUACGAGGGCCUAGUAUCACAGUGGACACGGCUUGUUCUUCCUCACUUGUUGCACUCCACUAUGCAGUACAGAGUUUGCGAAGUGGGGAGUCCAAGGAAGCCCUCGUUGCUGGUUGUCACCUUAAUCUUGUACCAGAUAUCUGGGUUUCUAUGUCCAUGUCACAGUUGUUCAAUGAUGAGGGUAAAACCUUCUCCUUCGACGAGAGAGCCACAUCCGGUUUCGCGCGAGGCGAGGGCUCUGGUGUCGUCAUCCUGAAGCCCCUAGACACCGCAUUGCGCGACAAAGAUCCCGUGCGAGCUGUCAUUGUACAUUCAGGAGUCAAUCAAGAUGGACGAACACAAGGCAUUACGCUUCCAAAUGGCCAGGCCCAGGAGGAGCUAAUUCGGCGUGUCUAUGAAGAGGCGAACCUCAACCCGGACGAAUGCGGGUUUGUAGAGAUGCAUGGAACUGGAACAAAGACCGGCGAUCCUAUCGAAGCUACAGCAGUCCAUGCGGCACUUGGAAAGAACCGGAUUCCGAGGAACCCGCUUUACGUUGGAUCAGUCAAACCCAACACUGGGCACUUGGAGGGCGCCAAUUUGAUGCUUCCGAAAGCCGAGUUUAACAAAGCGAAUCCUGACAUUCCUAUGAGUGCGUGGAAUAUGAAAAUUUUAACUACGACGCGGCCCUGGCCUUCUCGCAUGAAAUACCUUAGCGUGUCCAACUAUGGUUUUGAGGGAACCAAUGCACAUGCUGUUCUUCAAAAGGCACCGCUAUUAUCCAAAGCCCCAGACGAAGCUGUUGAGGAUGUUGAGGUGGACCCCAAACGCAAGCUGUUCUUGAUCUCUGCCAACGACAAGGAGUCUCUACGCACUAGAAUCAAAGACUUUGGUAUCUACUUUGAGCAACAUCCAGAAGUCUUUGAAAAGACUCUAUUCGGCAACUUUGCUUAUACACUAGGUAACAAGAUGUCCCAACUCUCGUACCGUGUUGGUGUGUCAGCUACCUCGCUAGAUGACCUUGGAAUCCGUCUUGCUCAAUUGAAGAUCAACCCAUCCAGAGUUCUAGGCGCUCCAAUAGUUUCAUUUGUAUUCACCGGCCAAGGGGCUCAGUGGGCCCAGAUGGAUGUUCCUCUCAUACAUGAGUACCCUGUUUACGAGUUGGCCAUAAGACGAGCUGAUCUAUGCCUCCGGAAUCUCGGAGCUAAGUUUUCACUGAUCGAAGAGUUGGAAAAGGAUUCCACCACCUCUGAGAUUGACUCCCCUCAUCUAAGUCAACCUGCCUGCACAGCGCUUCAGACUGCGCUAGUUAAUCUUCUGGAAUCUUGGGGAGUCUGUCCUGCUUCAGUAAUUGGCCACAGUUCUGGAGAAAUCAGUGCAGCCUACGCUGCGGGAAUUUAUGACUUGGUGGGGGCAAUGGCUCUGGCUUACUGGCGUGGUCAAAUGACCUCCUUGCUCAAAUCCUCGUUCCUGUCCCUCAAAGGCGCCAUGAUUGCCGUUGGCAUCCGCUGCGAGGCUGUUCAGCCUAUAUGA